AUGGCUACCCCUAGUGUCCUCGCUUUUGACGCUGAGGGUCGAGCCAUUGACUUUGAGGUCUGGGUCGACGACCUGCAGUUGUUUUUACAGUGCAAUAGGGCGGACGGUCUUUCUCUCUUUGACCUCACCUCUGGCGCCUCCCCUGCUCCUGCUGCUGAUGCUGACCCCAAUGUUCGCUCUCAGUGGGCCACCCGCGAUGCUGCUGCACGUCUUGCUGUGCGUCGCCACCUGCCUACCACUGAGCGUGCGCACUUUAGUCAGUACAAGAGUGCUCAGACCUUGUACAACGCCGUAGUUGCGCGCUACUCUUCCCCUGCCACUGGUGCACUGAGCCGCCUCAUGCUACCGUACCUCUUUCCUGACCUUGCUGCCUUUCCUACAGUCGCUGACCUCAUCACGCACCUCCGCACUUCUGACACUCGCUACCGCGCUGCACUUCCUGCUGAGGACCACUUCCUCUCAGUCUGUCCCACCACCCUCACUGUCGACCUCCUCGAGAAGGCCCUCCUAGCGGCGGAGAAGAGCAUAGUCGCUGUAGGAGCCUCUCGUGGUGACCCGCGCACCCCCAUCUUUGAGGGGUGUUCUCCUUCCCCCCUGCUGCCCUCUGUUGCCUCUGCUGCUGCUGCCGACCUGCUUGGUCUUGAGGCGCGGGUGGAGCUGGCGGGGGCGGUGGAGGUGGCAGUGGCGGUGGCGGAGGGAGUGGGGGUGGCGGUGGGAGUGGUGGUGGGGGUGGUGGUGGUGGUGGCGGCAGCGGAGGCGGCGGCGGUGGCGGCGGCGGCGGAGGGAGCGGAGGCGGCGGUGGUGGCGGAGGUGGAGGCGGCGGUGGCGGAGGAGGUGGAGCCGGUCGGGGUAGUGCCCCGCAGCGGAGCGGCUCUGGUGGUGGUCAGCGCCAGUAGCAGCAGCAGCAGCAACGUUCUCGGGACAUCCCCCCGCCUCAGCAGCUCCUGUGGGGGUGCCCACUCCACCCAGCGCUGCUUUGGCCGCCUGACGGACGCUUGGCGUCAGCAGUUCCCCGAGGCUAGUGAGAUUCCCCGCUGGAGAGAGCUGUCUAGGGCUGGCGUAGCGAUCUUUGAUCUUGACUUUGAUGCUAUCCUUGCUGCCAUGUAUGCUGUGACUAUUAGUGAUGAGGGUGACUGUUACCGGUGUUUCCCGCCCGACCCGGGCAUUGGUACUGCUGCGCUAGGUGCUUGUGAGGCUGCUGCUCUAGGUGCCAGUGCGUCUGCACUCUCAGGUACUGGUGAGGCUGCGCUCUCAGACCGCACCACACUCACGCCGCUUGGUCGGCCGGUUGCAGUCUCCCUGGCUGACCCCUCUGGGGGUCCUGUCCUCGCUCACUUCUCCACUGUCCUCCCGUGUCCGGCUGCCCCCUCGGGCACCCUGUCGGGUCUGUACCUCCCCUCGUUCUCGACAAACUUGGUGAGUGGUGCUGACCUGCAGGAUGCGGGGGUUCACCAGUUUACUCCUGCGAGUCAGCGGGGGACCCACUGCUCGGACGCCCGCACAGGCCGACACCUAGCCACGUUUUCGCGUCGGCCCGGGUCGAGUCUCUACACCCUGACCGUUGAGUCUCCUCCAGUCCCUGCGUCUGGUCAGGUAGCUGCGUCGGGUCAGGUGUUUGCUGCUGCGUCCAGGUCUGGUCCUGAGUCUGCCCCCUGCUCGUGUCGCCUCCUGUCUCACAAGACUCUCUUGUGGCACCACCGUCUUGGCCACCCCUCCUUGCCUCGUCUUCGGGGCAUGGCUUCCCGUGUCCUUGUCUCUGGUCUCCCCCGGUCUCUCCCUCCCCUUCCUUCGGGGCCAGGACCUUCCUGUGUCCCCUGUGUUGAGGGGCGGCUCCGGGCUGCCCCUCACUCCUCCCAGUUUCACCCGACAGAGGCUCCUCUGCAGACGCUUCACAUGGACGUGUGGGGCCCAGCCCGCGUCCGUGGACAGGGUCACGAGCGCUACUUCCUGCUGGUGGUUGACGACUACUCGCGUUACACCACAGUCUUCCCCUUGCGCAGCAAGGGUGAUGUCACUGAGGUGUUGAUCGACUGGAUCCGCGCGGCUCGUCUCCAGCUCAGGAGGAGCUUCGGCUCGGACUUUCCUGUUCUGCGUCUGCACUCUGACCGAGGCGGAGAGUUCUCCUCUGGCCUUCUGCGAGCCUACUGUCGUGCACGAGGCAUCCGCCAGACCUUCACGCUUCCGGACUCUCCACAGCAAAAUGGGAUUGCUGAGCGCCGCAUUGGCAUGGUCAUGGACGUCGCUCGUACGUCCAUGAUGCAUGCGGCUGCCCCCCAUUUUCUGUGGCCGUUUGCGGUUCGGUACGCGGCGCAUCAGCUCAACCUUCACCCCAGGGUCUCCCGGCCGGAGACCUCCCCAGCUCUGCUGUGGACGGGGAAGGUCGGCGAUGCGUCUGCGUUCCGUGUCUGGGGAUCUCAGGCGUUUGUCCGCGACCUGUCUGCGGACAAGCUGUCCCCUCGUGCUACUCCCUGUGUCUUCCUAGGCUUCCCCCCUGACGCCCCAGGGUGGCAGUUCUACCACCCCUCCUCUCGUCGUGUUCUGUCCUCCCAGGACGUCACGUUCGACGAGUCCGUCCCCUUCUACCGCCUCUUCCCCUACCGCACUCCUUCCCUCCCGCCGCCACCGCACUUCCUUGUGCCAGUCGAGCCGGUCGAGGUUGCUGGUGACUCAGGUACUGCUGGGGGUGCUGAGCCUGGGGGUGCUGAGCCUGGGGGUGCUGACUCUGGGAGUGCUGAGUCUGGGGGUGCUGAGCCUGGGGGUGCUGAGCCUGGGGGUGCUGCCUCUGGGGGUGCUGAGCCUGGGGGUGCUGACUCUGAGGGUGCUGCGCGCGUGGGUGCUGAGCCUGGGGGUGCUGAGCCUGGGGGUGCUGCGUCUGAAGCUGCUGAGCCUGGAGGUGUGGAGCCUGCGGCCACUGGACCUCCCCUUGUGGCGUCUGGCGGUACUGGGCCUGGAGGUUCUCCGGGUGUUUCGUCUCAGCGGGAGCCACUCUCUCCACAGGAGCUGCGUGAGUGGUUUGCUCGCCGCUGGAGGCGUACUGCUGGAGCUGGCGCUUCUUCGGCCGCUGAGGGUGCUGGUGCCGCCGGUCCCGGAGCUGCUGGGCCUCCGGGUCCGCCUGGAGCUGGAGCUGCUGAGGGUGUUGGUUCUGAGACUACUACUGUCCGUCCUGGUGGUGGUCGUGCUGCGGGUGCUGCUGGCGCUGCUGGAGGUCCUGCCGCUGGAGGUGCUGUUGGCGCUGGUGCUGCCGGAGGUGCUGAGAGUGCUGGUGCUAUCCCUGCUGUGUCUGGUGCCGCCGCGCGGCCUCGGCCGUACUUCGUUCUGCUCCUUCAGCAGGUUCUUGGUCUUCCUCCUCUCUUAGAGGGUCCACCGCCUGUCCAGUCGAAGUCACAGUUACCGCCGGCCUCCCCACUGCCUUCUCCCUCUCCCUACACUGGUCCUACAGGAGGUCUUGCUGAGCGUCGUGAGCCUGCGUCUCGUCCUGCGUCGCCUGUUUGUGCUGCUCGCACUAGUGGUCGCAGUUCGCGUCAGCGUCCUCCUCCUGUCCCUGGCACGCACCGGAUGUCUCUGCGUCCGUCCACUGCUCCUCUGCGUGCCCCUUUGCCCUCUCCUCUUCCUGCACUUGCCGACCCUGAGUCGGACUCUCUUCGUGCUGCCAGUCCUACUGUCACGCGUCUCCUUGGUACUGUCGUCACUGACCCCUCCUUUGAGUCCACUGCUGCGUCUGCUCUUGUUGCUGAGCUCGUCGACUUUGCUGCUCGCUGUCGUCUAGACUACGCUGCUAGUCUUGUUGCUGAGUCUGCGUCUGUCUGUCCUCCGUCCGUCGGGGGUGAGUGUGCUCUUGGCACGGACGUCCUUGAGGACAAGCAGGAGGAGUUUCAGUGUCUGGCUGCUGCUUCACCUCAUCUCGCGUCUGUACUGCUUGCCCCUGAGGGAGACCCGGAUGCACUAGACAUCCCGACUCCGCGCUCUUACGCGGAGGCCGUAGAGGGUCCCUACUCCUCUCAGUGGCAGGCAGCUAUGGAUGCAGAGAUGGCUUCCUGGAAGUCCACAGGCACCUACGUUGACGCGGUUCCCCCUCCUGGGGCGAACAUCGUCAGUGGGAUGUGGAUCUUCAGGGUGAAGCGGCCGCCGGGCUCUCCACCUGUCUUCAAGGCGCGGUACGUGGCUCGUGGCUUCAGUCAGCGGCAGGGAGUUGACUACUUUCAGACCUUCUCUCCCACCCCGAAGAUGACCAAUCUUCGGGUGCUGCUGCACAUAGCCGCUCAGCGCGACUACGAGCUCCACUCUCUUGACUUCAGCACUGCUUUCUUGCAGGUGGAGCCUCCGACGGCCAGUCUACGGUCUCCGCCAGGCACCGCGUGA